AUGUCCGAAGACCUGGCCGAAAUUGAAGAGCCCAAGAUCCCGGGCAACUACUCUGCACGCAGGCAGAACAGAUGGCUCCCGCCCUCGUCGAGAGGCGACGAAAACGGCGCAAACGACGAGAACGAGCGACAUGUUCCACCCCACGUCCAUGAGGACGUAGACGAGAUUCACAGGACCGUGUCGCGCUUCCAUGUGUCUCCCGCGCAACUGUACUCGACCGACUCUGGGAAGCUGUACCAUGCGGGGUGUAUUUGCAUCGUCUUGGUGGGACCGCCUGCGCGCGGUAAAACCAACCUGUCGAUCAGUCUGUGCAGGUAUUUGCGAUGGCUGGGAGUUCGGGCCAAUUUGUUCCAUUUGGGCGACAUUAGAAGAGAGAAGACGAAACACGUGCCGUUUGAGUUUUUCGACCCAAAGCCGGAAAGCGAGGAGGCGAAACGGGUGCGCCAGGAACUAACCGACCUGGCCGUGCGAGACGUGCUCAAUUUUUUCCAGAACGACAUGGGCCAGAUUGCUAUCUACGACGCGGUGAACGGCGUGAGCUCGCAGAGACGCGAGCUGGCGCACGUGCUGCAGCAGCACGACGUCAAGGUGAUUUUCAUCGAGAGCCUGAUCGACGACCCGAAACUGCUGGAGAGCAACAUAGCCGACGCCGCCAAGUCGCCAGACUACAUCAACUGGGACGCCGAGGAGGCGAUUGCCGACUACAAGAAGCGGGUCAGCGUGGUGGCGCACUCGUACGAGGAGAUGGACGAGGAGGAGCUCACGUACAUCAAGUUUAUCAAUUUUGGCGAGAAGCUGCUGGUGAACAGGUCGAAGCACGACUUCCUCACGACGAAAAUAAUAUUCUAUCUCAUGAACUCGAAAAUCAAGAAGGGCUCUAUUUAUUUCGCAAGAUGCUCCAACAACAAGCUCAACUUCAAGAGCGACCCGCCGCUGGACGCCAAGGGCCAGGAGUACGCGCGUAAGAUUUUCGACACGAUGGUCAAACAUUACCAGGAGCAGGGCCACGAAGGUCUGCCUGCGGAUCUGCAGGUGUGGACGUCUGUCAGACUGCGCACGACACAACUGGCGCAGGUGUUCAAGGACGUGGGGCUGACAGUGACACACCGCCCGGAAAUGACGCAGCUGAACCCUGGCGACGCCCACGGGCUCACAGACGAAGAGCUGAAGGAGAAAUUCCCAGAGGACUACCACAGACACCAGCUCGAUCCGUACCACCACCGGUACCCGAGAGCCGACUGCUACCACGACCUGGCACUGAAGUUGGAGCCGCUGAUCAUGGAGAUCGAGCGUCUGACAAACGAUGUGCUGGUCAUCGCCGACGAGACCGUCAUCCAGGUGUUCUACGGCUACCUGAUGGCGUCGUCGUGCAGCGACAUCCCGUUCCUCAAGUUCCCGCAGUCAGAGGUCACCAAAAUCACCUACAACGCUUACAUGAACAAGGCGACCAGAAUCAAGAUCGAGGGUCUGCAGGAGUAA